AUGUCGAGCCAUUCCACAGACUCUUACCUGGACUCGAAGCACUUGACUUUCCAGGAAAAUGACGAACCUCAGGCAUCCAGAGAUCAAUACCAGGAUUACCUGGAUAAGGUCAUAGACGCUGAGCCUGAGCCCCAGUCUCCUAUUGGCGAGGAUGGUCGUCCGUCCAUGCAAACAGUAUCAGAGACGUGGUCUGGAUACCAUAGAGACACUAAUGAAUGUACUGAGUUCUGUCAGGACUGUUGUAUUUGCUUUGGUGCCUGUGAUGCUUGUUGCCCAUCUACUGGAGAAGGUUGCUUGAGUUCUACUGCUGCAUUCUUUGGUAACAUUAUGGUUGGUUUCUGCAACCUUUCUCAUGAUAAUGCAGGGUCCCCAAUCGAGUCCAAUCCAGAGUUGAAGGCACUUGCAAUGGAUCAAUUGACGGCUGGGAACGCUUUACAGAAGGACGAUAUUCCUCUUCUGUCUCCUGCUUUCAACGCGACACUCAAAAUGUCAUCGCUGUCCCGCCCAGCCUCUGUUUCUUAUCCACUGGCGACGGAGUUCUCUCCGCAAAAAGUCGAGCUUCAAAGACAGCCUUCUUCUGGUACUGUCAUAUUCAAGCCAUUGAGUGCUAUUUCGCCUCUCAGCGAUGACUUUAAAUUUUGCCUUACCAAAGCAAAAGGCUUGUCAAGCCCCAUUUCUAUCAAUCCUCCAAAUAGUAAAAUCUCAGUGGAGGAGAUUAGUGGUAAGGAUGGUGAUGAUGAGAUGCCCCAGAAAAGGAACUGGAAUUUUGGGAAUAUCAUUUUGUUCGUACUAGCACUCAUCUCAUUUUGCUGCUUGAUACCUGCAAUUAUUUUUGCAAUCACAGGUUCUAAUCUUUCAACAACCAAUUUCUUUAAUUCAAUGCAACCUUUGGAUCGUGAAAAGAUGUUGAGCGACCUUACAAAGAAGUACGACUUUAUACCGAAUAUCAUAAGGGACAGCCUGGGACGGGGACAAGGGCUGGGCUCAAAUUGGCGUAUGACUCCAUGGUUUGACGGAAUAUCUUAUUCACCUCUGGGUACUCUUGAGCCUGAAUGCACAUUCUCGCAAGAAGAAGCUGAUACCGAUAUCAUGCUUCUUUCCCAAAUAACUGGCAAAAUCAGGACGUAUAGCACAAGAUGCAAUCAGGCGGAAUUCAUUCUUAAUGCGAUUAAUAGGACACAAGUUCCAUUGAAGGUCGCUUUGGGAAUAUGGAUAAGCAAUGAUUCAUCGUCUAAUGAGAUAGAGCUAUCGGCUGUGAAGCAUCUCGUUGCGCAGUAUCCUGAGAGGUACUUCGAAAGUAUUUUCGUCGGCAACGAGGUAAGGUAUCGAGAUGACGUGCUGGAAGAAAUGCAUAUUCAGUAUAUUCAACUGGUGAAAGACUUCGUGCAUCAAGCUGGUAAAAAGAUUCCAGUAGGGACGAGCGAGCUAAGUGUUGCCUUGUCACCAAAGAUAGCCGCUAGUUGCGACUUCAUUGGGGUUAAUCUAAACCCGUUCUACGAGAAUGUCCCUGUCGAAAAAGCAUGCGAUUGGAUAUUUGAAUUCAUGACGCAGUAUGUGAAGCCACUUUUGCCUGAUACAACCAAGGUUGUAAUUUCUGAAACCCCGCAAGUUUCAACUCAUUUUUAG